UACAACACCGCCACCGACUCCACCACCACCACUUCUCUCAGUCUAUAGCCCACUCCCAUCCUGAGGUGCCCCAGUACCGGAGGGCAGCACCUGUCCACAGGUGUGCGAGGGCGGGGGAAGCCAGGGGAUGGCUGAGUCUGUAUAGUUGCCUGUGUGCUGGAGCCCCGAGCUGAGUGACUCACCUCAGUGGAACUUGUCGCGGAGCAGCGGACAGCCGGCCCGAAACUGGCAGCCCCGAGUUCUUCCCCAGGUGGGCCCCCAGCUGAACUCUUCUCCUAGCCAUGCCGGGCCAGCCUCUUCUCUUCGCCCUGCUGCUGCUGUGCUGGAAGCUGGAUGUAGUUGGAGGGCAUAAAUCUUCCAACUCUACCGAGAAUAUCUCUUCUACCAGCUUCUCCACCACUUCCCACAGUGAAUCCCCCUCCACUCCCAUCUCCCACAAUGGCUUCUCCUCCACUCCCUCCUCCCACAGUGGCUACUCCUCCACCCUCUCCCAUAGUGGCUUCUCUUCCACUCCCUCUUCCCACAGUGGCUCCUCCUCCACUCCCUCCUCCCACAGGGGCUUCUCCUCCACUCCCUCCUCCCACAGGGACUCCUCCACUCCCUCCUCCCACAGUGGCUACUCCUCCACUCCUCCCUCCUCUAAUAGCUCCUCCUCCACUCCCAUCUCCCACAGUAGGUCCUCUUCCACUCCUCUCUCCCACAGUGACUCCUCCUCUACUCCCCCCUCCCAUAAUGGCUCCCUCUCCACUCCCACCUCCCACACCAGCUGGUCCUCCUCAACUCCCUUUAAAGGCUCCUCCUCAAACCCCAGCACUUCUUUUGGAGCUCCAUCAACUGUUACGAGUAUGGCAACCCCAGUUAAGGGGUCCACCAUUCUGGGGAUCAGUGCCAGUACAGGAGAGACCCAGAGAAAUCCUGGUGUGGUGAUUGUGGUCUGCCUUUUCGUGUCCAUUCUGGUCCUGGGCUCAGUGAUAGUGGCUGUGAAAUGCUUCAGGAAGAACAUAAACGGCUUUGAGAAGAUGGAUGAGUUACCCAUGGAAACUGUUCGAGAGGAGGUGCUCUUUGCUAGACUGACCCCUCAGUGACACAGAUGGCAGUGGGGGAUGGCUUCUGAGGGGCUAUUGGCACAGCUCCUGCUCACUCAUGACCUCUCCCCCUUCCAAAAGGAUACUGGUGUCUGUCAUGCAAUAAAAUGAAGAUGGAAAUGAGACAGAGACUCAUCCUGGAUCCUUUAAUUCCAUAUAUACCUGUACUGUUAAAAUUGGGACCCCCAUUUUUGACUUUUGAUGAAAUGAAAUAACAUUCAGUGCUUUGUAAACUUUAAAGCACUAUAUAAAUGCUAUUAUUAUUUGACCUGAGCAUCCCCAAACCAAGGGAUGGGGCUAGUCCUCCUCACUCUGAUGGGUCAUUCUCCCCUCUAGGAAGCAGGACUUCAGAAGGAGAAGCCAUAAUAGUGUUGAGCUGAGUCCUUUGGACCUUCUCUUAUUCUCAGAGAAGUCAUCAUCUUACUCUUGGUUCUAGAGACCAAGAGGGAACUUAGUGUGUUAGAAAAAAAAAAAAAAGAACAACUUACAUUCAGGAAAACCUGGGUUUGAAUUUUUGUUCUGCCCCUGACUAGCAAUGUGAUCCUGGGGAAGGCCCUUCCAUUCUUUGCCAUAAUAAUAAUAAUAAAGGAGAAGAAGAAGAUGAUAA